UGUGCGUGUGUAUGUGACUGAACUCCUCCUAAACGACUGGACCAAUUUUGAUGAAAUUUUUUGUGUGUGUUCGUGGAGAUUCGAGAAUGGUUUAGAUUUACAGUUUGGUCUACUGGAAAAUGUUUUUUCAAUUAAUUUCUUAUCUAUAAGGAGUUGUUGAUUUUGGAAUGUUUUACAUUAGAUCCGGCGGACGGCGCUAUCAUCGCAUUCAAUAUUAUUCUAUUUCAAUUUUAGUUUGUCCUGACAGAUGGUGCUACGAUUAAAAUCCUGAUAGUCAAUUCUCCGCAGAAAUAUACAAUGAGGCUUUAAUUAUGAUUGAGGAUAUUUGUAUUCUUAUUUCAAACAUGCCACUCAUCCAUUUUGGCAUGCCGGCGCCGAACCGCCCAGCAGUAGAUAUCAUCAACAGUGAUGUUCAACGUGAACACCAGUUUGAUAAGACUUCGUUGGCUACUUUUGUUGCUAAUAAUGAACAAUUGCUUACAGCUGAACAACGAAAUGUAUAUGAUCAAAUUAACGUAUCAAUUGCAGCACAACAAGGUGGAUUCUUUUUUUUGGAUGCACCAGGUGGCACUGGUAAAACCUUUCUCAUCUCACUGAUACUUGCGCGCAUUCGAUCACAAAAUCAUAUUGCAUUGGCCAUUGCUUCAUCAGGCAUUGCAGCGACGUUACUUGAUGGUGGACGGACUGCGCAUUCAGCACUUAAGUUACCUUUGAAUGUUCAUACAAAUCCCGAAGCAAUGUGUAACAUAAAGAAGCAUUUCGGCAUGGCUGAAGUUUUGAGAAAAUGCAAAAUUAUUAUUUGGGAUGAAUGUACAAUGGCCCACAAGCAUUCGCUUGAAGCUCUCGACAGGUCCCUGAAGGAUAUCAAAGAUAAUACUAGGCUUUUCGGUGGUGCUCUACUGCUACUGUCUGGUGAUUUCAGGCAAACAUUGCCAGUAAUUCCACGUGCGACAUAUGCAGACGAAGUAAACGCAUGUUUGAAGGAAUCUUAUCUAUGGCGGAGUGUCAGUAAAUUGAGCCUUACUAUCAAUAUGCGCGUUCAACUACAAAAUGAUCCAUUAGCGUCAGGAUUCUCUGAACAAUUGUUAGACAUUGGCAACGGUAAAAUUCAACUGUAUGAAGAUACCCAAUUUAUUAAAUUUCCAGAGAACUUUUGCAACAUGGUGGCUACCAAAGAUGAAUUAAUAAAUAGUAUCUUUCCAGAUUCAAGAUAUGACUAUACUAAUCAUGAAUGGCUACAAGAGCGAGCUAUUUUAGCUGCAAAAAAUUUAGAUGUAGACGCCAUCAAUUUCAAAAUACAACAGUCAUUGCCUGGUAAUGAAAUUACAUUUAAAUCAAUUGACACCGUUGUUGAUCCUGACGAAGUGGUCAACUAUCCAGUAGAAUUUUUGAAUUCUUUAGAUUUACCUGGAAUGCCACCACAUAAUUUGCGACUGAAGAUUGGCUCACCUAUAAUUUUGCUUCGUAAUUUAGAUGCCCCGAGAUUGUGUAAUGGCACGCGAUUAGUUAUAAAAAAAAUCAUGGGCAACAUUAUUGAAGCGAAUAUUUUAUCUGGAAAAUUCCAAGGUGAAAUUGUACUUUUACCGCGGAUCCCAAUGAUUCCUUCAGAUUCACCUAUACCAUUUAAACGCUUACAAUUUCCGAUCCGUUUGGCAUAUGCUAUGACUAUUAAUAAGUCACAAGGUCAAACGAUGACAUUUUGUGGCUUAGAUUUAGAAAAUCCGUGUUUUUCUCACGGCCAAUUGUACGUUGCGUGUUCCAGAGUUGGAAAACCAUCGAGUUUGUUUGUUUAUACUCCUCAUGGACUAACUGAAAAUAUUGUACAUCCAAUGGCAUUACGCUAA